AUGCAUAACAAGGCUGUAGAGUUUGUGGACCUAUACAUGCCACGAAAAUGUUCCACAAGCAACCACAUCAUUGAUGCCAAGGACUAUACAUCCAUUCAGAUGAAUCCAUCUGAAGUUGACAGGGUCACAGGCAGCUUUAAUGGCCAGUGUAAAACCUACACUCUAUCUGGGGCCAUUCACAGGGUGGGUGAGUUAGAUGAUUCUAUUCUCUGAUUGGCUAAGGCUGAUAGAAUUUUCUCAAAAGACCUUUGAGCAGAA